AUGAGAGAAAUCCUAUCUGAUCUCGACGAGGAUUUGGGGAUUCAAGGCGGUGACAGAUUGAACCAAAAGCGGGCUCCCCGGCCGAUAGUCAGGGUCAACAGUGCCUCUCUUCGUCUAGGGACUGGGGAGACGGAGGAUGUUCAAUUGAAAGACAUGACUCGACCAAAGCUGCGACGGUCUGAAACCUUCGAGGAACAGACAAAGAGGGAGAAUGAUGAACGAUGGACUCUCCGCCAUGCAUAUUUUGCCAAUAUGGGGGGCUUCCGCCUCCGGGACAGCACCGGAGCUGUCUUUAUCAUCACCGCCAAACACGUCAACCACCUGGUCCGCAAGCGAUACAUCGAGCUUCCCAGGAUAACCACCAUCGAGAUCAAUGACCGGAGCAAAUCUGACAGUUUGGCCAAGUUCCUGGCUAUCAUGCAGGUCGGUUGGCUUGCCGUCCAAGUCAUUGCUCGAGCCAUUCAAAAGCUCGAAACCACCACUCUUGAGAUUACAACUCUGAGUUUUGUGGUCUGUACUCUGGGGAGUUUCAUCGCAUGGUAUCGGAAACCCUAUGACGUCCAAACCUUCGUUGUGUUGGACAUGCCAGAUCAGAGCAUCGAAGACAUCGACCUGACGUAUACCGAAAAAGGGGGGAAACACCGUAACCUCCUUGAAGAGUACAUGGCCGCGCACCCCAAGGCCCAUGUCGUCGACGUCAAUGGCCAUCUUCUGGCGCCGUAUACCAAAUUGACUAUUAUCGACGACAUGCUCCCCACCUACACAUCGGCUUUCACCGACCGCUACCGACACCUUUGGGGCAGCAAGCCGUAUAACUCCCACCGAAUUCGCAACGAUCGAUUGCCAAUCAUGGAGAAAGAAGUCACCGCUGUUGUGGCAGUGACCACCCUCGCCUACGCGGGGCUUCAUGCUGCCGCGUGGAACAUACCUCUGGCCACCGACAUCGAGCAAUUGCUGUGGCGAAUUUCUUCCAUCGUUAUGAUCAUCUGCUGCGUUGCAUGGUUUUUCAUGGAUCACUUUGAGGAGUACUUGUCGCACAGAAGGACGAAGAAGGGAAGGGUUGGUGAUGGAGAAAUUGUCCCUUGGUGGAGAAUUCCGGCGUCUAUCGUGGUUGCGAUUGCGUACAGUGCAUGUCGGCUGUACGUACUGGUCGAAUCAUUUCUAGCGUUGCGGUCGAUGCCCAAAUCUGCAUAUGAGCAGGUGGACUGGGGCCGGUGGGUUCCACAUAUAUAA